AUGGAAGGGGGAAGACCUCGACUCCAAUCCAGAAAACGAGGAAGGGGGUUGACACUGGUCACUGGAAGGAAGUCACAAUUAUCUUCCUCUGGGUCUUUGGAGGAUCAUACUCAGUACAGAAUUACAGAUAUAUAUAGGGCGUGGAGCACAAGGAUGCGAGAGAACAGUCGGCUCCAAUCAGUCAAUCCAUACUUUUUCAUGGCUUCUUCUUCAUCUUUAUCUUCUGGUCCAAUGAAACAUCAAGUUUUCUUGAGCUUCAGAGGUGAAGACACGCGCCUUAACUUCACCAGUCAUCUACUCGAAGCUUUGAAAGCCACGGGAAUGAACGUCUUCUUCGAUGAAGAGAAAUUGGAAAAAGGGGAGCAACUUUCACAAGCACUUUCUCAAGCAAUCGCAGCCUCGAGUCUCUCCUUAAUCGUUCUAUCUAAUGAUUACGCUUCUUCGAAAUCAUGUUUGGCUGAACUCUUUGACAUCAUGGACUAUAAGGACACUCGAGGACAUAUUGUUCUUCCCAUCUUUUAUCAUGUUGAUCCUUCUGAUGUGCGAAAUCUUGGUGGAGGUUUCAAGAAAUCCUUUGAACACCAUGAAUUGAAAGGGCUAGAUCAAGUACAUAGAUGGAAAGUUGCCUUCUCCGGAGUUGGUAAAUUAAAAUGA